GGACGCAAGGCUCUCUACCCUUCCUCCUCCACCACCCUUCUCACCUAGAGAAGUCCCCUCUGCGGGUGAAGAACUUUGGCAUCUGGCUUCGCUAUGACUCCCGCAGCGGUACCCACAACAUGUACCGGGAGUACCGGGACUUGACCACUGCAGGCGCCGUCACCCAGUGCUACCGCGACAUGGGUGCUCGACACCGAGCCCGGGCCCAUUCCAUCCAGAUCAUGAAGGUGGAAGAGAUUGCCGCCAGCAAGUGCCGCCGGCCUGCGGUCAAGCAAUUCCAUGACUCCAAGAUCAAGUUCCCACUGCCCCACCGAGUCCUGCGACGCCAGCACAAGCCCCGCUUCACCACCAAGCGGCCCAACACCUUCUUCUAGGCUCACCUCCCACCCGUCUGCCCAAUAAACGCCUUGGGGACCGGUA